GGAUCGUCUGUGUAUUUCGGUAACCUUGUGCCUAUGAGAGCUGGACUCGUGUGAUGAUAUCGUGGGAUCUUCUCCGUGCUACCACGGCGAGCGAGAGAUAUAAAAGAUGUAAUUAUACAAAUCCAUCAGUUUAAUAUCGGUCUUAACCAAUAAGAGACUCUACUUAUCAUCGACAAACCCCCAAAAACACAAUGGGAGGCUUCGACAAAGUCACCGAUCUGGCCCAGCAGCUCGCCGGCAAGGAACAAACCGGGCAAGGCCAAGAGAGCCAACAGGAUUCGUCCCAAAUCUCAGGUAGCAAUCAGCAAUGGUCAGAGGUUGGUCUGGAGGCCAAAAAGGUCUUUGCCAACUAUCAAGCCGACCAAGCCGCUGGCAAGGGUCCAGAGUACAAUAAAAUUGGCGGCGUUGCUCAGAAGGCGUUUUCUGCCUACAGCAGCGGCGGGGAGAAGAGAGAUCUCGCUGGCAUUGGGAAGCAAGUUGCCGCUGGUUUCAGUGGUGGCCAAGAAGCUGACAAGGUCCGCAACUCUAGUGAAGUUGGGGAUGGCAUGUUUCAAAGUGGCGGAGGCCAGCGCAGUUUUGGGACGGAUGAAAGUGAUGUUGAUGGCGGGGAUGGGAAGAGGGGCCAGAAGUCUCUGAGAGAUCCACUGCACUCUACGACGGCAGAGGCAAAAACAAGUUCAAAGAGUGAAAGGUUCUCGGGACAAGAAGAGCCCUAUGAGGCGGCAGGGCUUGGGUCGCAAACUGAGCGAGAUGACCAAGAUGGCACCAUGUUCCAGAAGGGCGAUUUGGAUGAGGACGAAGGCGUUUGCACCGGAGGCCAGAGUAAGGGGCGGGAGGCUACGAGUGGUACAGCGGCCAACCAAGGUAAGAAAAAGAAUCACACAACUUGAGCUAUCACUUCGUCCUUCAAGACUAACACUGACUUUGACAGGGCCUAACAUCGAGAGGGUUGCAUCCACACGUGAAAAGGAGUGUUCUCUCGAAUCGCCCAUUGUCACUGGGGUAGGUUUAACAACUUGAUGCAAAUGGCUUUUACACGUUGACUUACCAGGUAAUUCUUAGGGUAAGACGACAUACUCGGGCCGCUCGAAUGAGUGG